AUGAGCGAUAUAGAAUCCUUUACCUCUUUUAACUCAGAGGACAGUCAAAAUAAUGACGAUCAACAACCACAACAAUAUAUUCCAACUGAAUCAGAAAACAACAAUAACGCAAUCAACAACUUACAUCUAACUCGUACAGAGACCGUGAAAACACUUCAAGAUCUAGGUGUUACUUCUCAUGUCCCAGUGCCUGACAUAAAUGCUCCUCAAAGCUCAAAGAAAAACGCUAUCUUCCCUGAAGAGUACACAAUGGAGACAACCACUGGUUUGGUUCCUGUCGCCACUUUGCAAUCCAUGGGGAGAACUGCAUCUGCCAUCUCACGUACAAGAACAAGGCAAAUGCAAGGUCGUAGCUCCAUGAGCAUACUUUCUUCCAAAUCAAACUCCAAAGAAGAACUAGAAGAAGAGGAAGAAGAAAUGACUAAUGAGGAAGGUACCACAACUGAAAUUGAUCCUGAAAUUGAAUUCGUGACAUUUGUCACUAACGAUCCAGAAAAUCCUCAUAACUGGCCUCUUUGGAUACGUUGGUGUUACACAAUCUUACUUUCAACUUUAGUCAUUUGUGUCGCUUACGGUUCUGCCUGUAUCACUGGUGGGUUCGGUACCGUCGAAGAGAAAUUCCAUGUUUCUUUGGAAGCUUCCAUUUUAUCAUGUUCCCUUAUGGUUAUCGGGUUCUCCGUGGGGCCUUUACUUUGGUCCCCCGUUAGUGAUCUUUAUGGGAGAAGAGUGGCUUAUUUCUUUUCCAUGGGUCUUUAUGUCAUCUUCAAUAUUCCAUGUGCUCUAGCUCCAAAUUUAGGGUGUCUGUUAGCAUGUAGAUUUUUGUGUGGUGUUUGGUCUUCUUCUGGUCUUUGUCUAGUUGGUGGGUCUAUCGCUGAUAUGUUCCCAAGUGAAACAAGAGGUAAAGCUAUUGCUUUCUUUGCUUACUCUCCUUAUUGUGGUCCCGUUUUUGGUCCAUUGGUCAAUGGGUUCAUCAGUGUCUCUACAGGGAGAAUGGAUUUAAUCUUUUGGGUUAAUAUGGCCUUUGCUGGUGUUAUGUGGAUCAUUUCCUCUGCCAUUCCAGAAACUUAUGCUCCAGUUAUCUUAAAACGUCGUGCAGCUAAAUUAAGAAAGGAAACUGGUAACCCAAAGAUUAUGACUGAACAAGAAGCCCAGGGUAUCACUUUUAAUGAAAUGAUGACUGCAUGUGUCGUUAGACCUUUGAAAUUCUCAGUCACUGAACCAGUCCUUUGCAUGACAUGUUUCUACGUCUGUUUAAUUUACUCUCUAUUAUAUGCUUUCUUCUUUGCAUACCCUGUCAUCUUUAGUGAAUUGUACGGUUACAAAGAUAAUAUCAUCGGUUUAAUGUUUAUUCCUAUCUUAAUUGGUGCCUCCUUCGCCGUGUUAACCACUUUCUGGUGUGAAAGUCAAUAUUUGAAAUUAAUUAAAACACGUAAACCAACUCCUGAAGAUCGUUUAUUAGGUGCCAAGAUUGGUGCUCCAUUUGCUGCAUUAGCUCUAUGGAUGUUAGGUGCCACUACAUACAAUCAUCGUAUGUGGUUGGCUCCUGCAUCUUCAGGUAUGCCAUUCGGUUUCGGUAUGGUUUUAAUUUAUUAUUCAUUAAACAAUUACAUUAUUGAUUGUUAUGUGCAAUAUGCAUCUUCAGCAUUGGCUACUAAGGUUUUCUUAAGAUCUGCCGGUGGUGCCGCAUUCCCAUUAUUCACUACUCAAAUGUAUCAUAAAUUGGGUCUACAUUGGGCAUCUUGGUUAUUGGCUUUCAUUUGUACUGCUAUGAUCGCAUUACCAUUUGCAUUUUCCUAUUAUGGGAAGGAAUUGAGACACAAGUUAUCCAAGUUCGAUUACUCCAUCGAUGCUGUGGAAGACUAA